AUGUCAGCUGAAGAAACAAAACCAACCUCUGUAGAAGAAUCAAGUGUGCCAAAGCCACCAACAUCCAACGUUUUCUCCAUGUUUGGAGCCAAGAAGGAGAAGAAGGAGGAACCAACUACUACUACUACUACUACUACUACAACACCUGACGACAAGAAGGACGAAGAAUCAUCUUCAAAGAAAGAUGACAAAGAUGAUGACGAUAAAGCCGAUGAGGAAGAGGUUGAUGUUGAAUUCACACCAGUUAUCCAAUUAGACAAAAAAGUUGAUGUGAAGACCAACGAAGAAGAUGAAGAAGUUGUUUACAAAGUCCGCGCCAAGUUGUUCAGAUUCCACGCUGACCUGAAAGAGUGGAAGGAAAGAGGUACCGGUGAUGUCAAGUUCUUGAAGCACAAAGAAACAGGCAAGACAAGAAUUGUUAUGAGAAGAGACAAGACCUUAAAGAUUUGUGCAAACCACUUGAUCUCUCCUGAUUACGAAUUGAAACCAAAUAUUGGAAGCGAUAGAUCAUGGGUGUACAACGUCACUGCAGAUGUCUCUGAAGGAGAGCCAGAAGCUCAAACCUUGGCAAUUAGAUUUGGAAACAAGGAGAACGCUGAUUUGUUCAAGGAGCACUUCGAUGAAGCCAAGAAGAGUAAUGGUUCUUCUACUGCUGCUAAGUCGGAUUAA